UACGACAAAAACUUCCGGUAGUCAAGGUCAUUAAUGGCGGCGCGCUCUGACUAUUUUGACAUGUUGAACAGUUUGUGAUAUGAUCACUACCAUGCCGCUUUUGUUGCAUUCAUGUCUUCGUCAUAUUUUGCUUAAGAAAUAUUGCUUGGAGCUAUUAACAAGAAACAAAUUCCAUUAUGGGAAAACAGAGCUAAAAUUACCUCUCAAUAUACGGUACUAUGUUAAGCGGAGUUCAGAGCAUGAAGAUAUGACAACAAUUCGCAAUAUAGGUAUUAUGGCACAUAUUGAUGCAGGGAAGACAACAACGACGGAGCGCAUGCUUUAUUAUUCUGGAUUCUCUAAACACUUAGGUGAUGUUGAUAGAGGAAACACUGUUAUGGACUACAUGGCACAAGAAAGGGAUCGAGGUAUCACCAUUAACUCGGCAGCCAUCACAUUUCAUUGGAAUCAUCACAAGAUCAACCUCAUUGAUACUCCUGGUCAUGUUGAUUUCACUAUGGAGGUGGAAAGAUGUCUGCGAGUGCUUGAUGGAUCAGUCGCAGUGCUGGAUGCCUCAGCAGGGGUAGAAGCCCAGACACUGACUGUAUGGAGACAGGCUGACAAGUACAGUGUUCCACGCAUUGUCUUUUUGAACAAAAUGGAUAAGACGGGUGCAAGCGUAGAGAUGUGCCUGACAUCCUUGAGAGACAAGCUUCAUGUUUGCCCUCUGCUGCUUCAGCUUCCAAUUGGCAAGGGUAAAGAUUUCUCCGGCAUCAUAGACCUCAUUUCAUUGCAGUCUGUACAAUGGGAUUCAGGGCUUAGUCAAGAUGGCAGCAAGUGUAUAUUUGAAAAGCUUACUCCCAAAAAUGGAGACUUGUACAGAGAUGCUUUGUCUGCAAGAGCUACUUUGGUGGGUCAACUGGCAGACCAUGAUGAGCAUAUAGCAGACUUGGUGCUCAGCGAAGUUCCUCUUGAAGAGAUUUCUAUGGAAGACAUUCAAGCUGCUGUUCGCCGAGUUACCCUUUCACAGAAACUGGUUCCUGUGCUGUGUGGGAGUUCUCUGAAAAACAAAGGGGUUCAGCCACUGAUGGAUGCAGUGGUCUCCUAUCUCCCAAGCCCUAAAGACAUCAGCUAUGGCUUUGCCGACUAUUAUGGCACUGACCUUUGCGCGCUGGCUUUUAAAGUGACUCAUGAUCAGCAUCGUGGUGCAUUGACAUUCCUGAGGAUUUAUGCAGGGGCUCUACAGAGUGGCUCCACUAUUUACAACAUCAACCGCAAAACAACUGAGAAGACCAGUCGUGUAUUACAAGUUUAUGCUGAUGAGCUACAUGAUAUUUCACAAGCUGUGGCUGGCAACAUUGUGGCAGUAGCAGGGCUCAAAAAGACAUUUACAGGUGAUACGCUGACACUGAAUCAGACAACAGCCAAGACAGCUGCCAAAGCUUGGGAGAAAGACCACCAGAAAAAAAAUCCCAUAAAACCUCAUUGGGAGGAAAUGAAUGAUAAAGAUGAACAGAACCACCUUGAGCUUGAUAUGCCUGUGUUAGCUGGAGUGGAAGUACCAUCUCCUGUUUUUUUCUGUUCCAUUGAGCCACCGUCUAUGUCACAUCAGAAGGCUUUAGACCAUGCACUUGAGUGUCUACAGAAAGAGGACCCUAGUCUCAAGGUUGAGGUGAAUGCUGAAACUGGACAAACCAUUCUUUCUGGUAUGGGAGAGCUGCAUCUUGAUAUAAUACAUUCCCGCAUUCAGCAGGAAUAUGGCAUCGAUGCAGAUCUUGGCCCUUUGCAGAUUGCCUAUCGUGAAACCAUCACUGAUUUUGCUGAUGUGACUAAUGUGCUGGACAAGACAGUGGGAGAUAACCACAAUUACGUGCACAUGAGGCUUUCCAUUCAGCCCAAUCACGAAACUACACUGUUCCGGCAUGUGGAAGUGUCAUCCUCCCGUGAAAAUCCCAUUGAACACCUAAGGCCUCGGCAUUUGAAGGCAAUUGAAAGCGGCAUUACUUCAGCUCUAUCCAAUGGCCCUAUCCUGAGAUUUCCAAUGAUUCACAUCGAUGUAGCACUGCAUGAGUUCAGUACACGGCCCGGGACAUCGUUAGCCAUGGUCUCUGCAUGCGCAGCACAGUGUGUUGGACAAGCAGUGAAAGAGGCUCACCCUGUCUUGUUAGAGCCCAUGAUGAAGAUGGAGAUCACUAGUGGAGAAGAUUACCUGCAUCAAGUUCUUGGAGAUCUGGCACAACGUCGAAGUCAAAUUAAUGCUGUGCAUGGUCGUCAAAAUAACCGGACUGUAGAGGCUGUUACACCACUGUCGGAAUUGUUGGGUUACUCAACAGCAUUGCGCAUAAUUACCUCAGGAAAUGGUAGCUUUUCAAUGGAAUUAAGCCAUUAUCAUAGGGUGGCUUCUCAGGAACAAGAGAAGGUCAUCAAACGCAUGACUGGCUUUACAUCGCUAUGAGGUUUUGUGGUUCAGAGUUUAGGAGAAGU